AUGGCUGAAGCGGCAGCCCCAAAAGAGAUACCCACCAGCGCUGUAAAAGCUACACUCAGCGCCCUGGACCCCGAACAAAGUAGCGCAAACACUCUCAAGAUCGAAAACACUGAGAAGCGCGAUGCAUUGAUUAAGGAAGAGAAGAAAUACCAACAGCAAUGGGCCGACUCACAUGUCUUCGAGCCCGAGGCGCCCUCCAUAGACGAGGAGCCCUUCGACACAACCACGCCUGACCAGCUGCACGAGAAAUAUCCUAAAUGGCUCGGCAACUUCGCAUUUCCCUACAUGAACGGCACUCUCCACGCCGGCCACGGUUUUACCGCCUCCAAGAUUGAGUUUACCGCAGGUUUCUCGCGAAUGCAAGGCAAACGAACUCUUUUCCCUCUCGGUUACCACCUGACUGGUAUGCCCAUUAAGGCAUGCUCCGACAAGCUCGUCCGCGAAGUCGAGAUGUUCGGUCAGAACUUCGAGCGUUGCCCCGUAGACGACAUUGUCGAAGAAGGCCCUUCCGAUGGUGCCGUUCCUCCCGCACCCACACAGUCCGAGACGCGCACCGACCUCUCGAAGUUUUCCGCAAAAAAGGGCAAGGCUGCUAGCAAGACGGUCAAGGCGAAAUACCAGUUCCAGAUCAUGCUCGCUCAAGGCAUACCGCUGGAGGAGAUCCACAAGUUCGCAGACCCGUAUCACUGGAUCGAAUACUUCCCCCCACUCGCGAAGCGCGACUUGACCUCGUUCGGAGCCCGCAUGGACUGGAGGCGCCAAUUCACCACAACUGACGCGAACGCAUACUUUGACAGUUUUGUGCGGUGGCAGAUGCGCAAGCUCAAGGAGAUGGGCAAGAUCAUAUUCGCCAAGCGAUACACCGUCUACUCGCCUAAGGACGGACAAGCCUGCCUAGACCACGACCGUGCCAGCGGAGAGGGUGUCACCGUGCAAGAAUACACUGCGCUCAAGAUGAAAGUGAAAGAGUGGUCUGAGACAGCCAAGAAGGAACUUGACGGAAAACUGCCUGCCGAUGCGAAUGUCUUCUUCAUCCCUGCGACCCUCCGACCCGAGACCAUGUACGGCCAAACGUCGUGCUUCGUUGGCCCGACUCUCAAGUAUGGCGUGUUCCAGGUUGGCUCCGAAUAUUUUGUUUGCUCACCACGCGCCGCGCGCAACAUGGCUUACCAAGGCAUCUUCCCAGACUGGGGCGUUUUCCCCCAAGUCGCGACUCUUCUUGGCAAAGAAGUUGUCGGCACAGUCAUCAACGCUCCUUUCUCCAUCCUUACCGAAGGCGUUCGGAUUCUUCCCAUGGAGACUGUCAAGGAUACCAAGGGCACAGCGGUCGUGACAUGCGUGCCUUCAGACUCUCCCGACGACUAUAUCACCUCCCUUGACCUCGCGAAGAAGGCUGAAUACUACGGCAUCCAGAAAGAAUGGGUCCGCUUUGACGAUAUCCUACCCAUCAUUUCAACACCCUCAUAUGGAGAUCUCACAGCCAAGCACCUUGUCGAAACACUCAAGAUUCAGUCACCUAAAGACACGAAGAAGCUCGAAGAGGCGAAAGAGAAAGCAUACAAGGAGGGUUUCUACAAGGGCACCAUGAUCUACGGAGACUUCAAAGGCCAGAAGGUCGAGGACGCAAAGAACCUCGUCCGCAAACAGCUUAUCGAACAAGGUCUCGCAUUCGCGUACGGUGAACCUGACGGCAAGGUCGUGUCCCGCUCAGGAGACGAGUGCACGGCAGCACUGUUGGAUCAAUGGUUCAUGAACUACGGCACCACCGAGAACGGCGGAGAUGGCGAGUGGGCCGCACAGGUUUUGCAACAGAUUGAAGACAUGGAGCUUUAUUAUCCCGAGGCCAAGAAUGCCUUCCAACAAGUCAUAAACUGGCUCGCUAACUGGGCUUGCGCACGCUCUUACGGUCUUGGAACGAAACUGCCUUGGGAUGAGUCCGUCAUGGUCGAGUCCCUCAGUGACUCCACCAUCUACCAAUCAUACUACAGCUUCGCUCACCUGCUUCAUAAAGACAUGUUCGGAAAGCAGGUCGGUCCCCUUGGAAUCAAGCCUGAGCAGAUGACCGACGACGUCUGGGACUACGUUCUGGGACGCCGCGCCCGAGGCGACAUCCCAGAGACAACCAUCCCCAAGAAGGACAUCCAGACGCUGAGACGCCAUUUCGACUACUGGUAUCCUCUCGAUAUGCGUGGAUCUGGUAAGGAUCUUAUCCAAAACCACUUGACUUUCAAUCUCUACAUUCACACAGCUCUGUUCCCUAAGGAGAACCGACCUCGCUCUUUCCGCGUGAACGGCCACCUUAUGCUCAACGGAGAGAAGAUGAGCAAGUCGACCGGGAACUUCCUCACCAUCCAGGGUGCCGUCGAGAAGUUCGGUGCCGAUGCUACCCGUAUCGCGCUUGCUGAUGCUGGAGAUGGUAUCGAGGACGCUAACUUCGAGGAAGCGGUCGCGAAUGCCAACAUCUUAAAGUUGUUUGAGCUCAGGAAGUGGUGCGAGGAGAUGGUCCGCGACGCUAUCAUCGUUAAUGAUGGCGACAAGUACAAGGAAGCUAUCAAGGAGCGCAUCAAAAACAUCGAUGUGGUACAGCGCAAGUCCGGCAGCCCCCGCGUGCUCCUGGACGAGCUCUUCGACAACGAGCUCAACUCCCUCGUCACCGAAGCCCGGAAACACUACGAAACCACUAUGUACAAGGCCGCCCUCAAAGCCGCCUACUACGACUUCACCGCCGCUCGCGACUUCUACCGCGAGGCCACUAAGGCGGCGGGACUUGGCAUGCACGAAGACCUCGCCAAGCGCUACAUCGAACUGCAAGCCCUCCUCAUCACGCCCUUCGCUCCCCACUGGGCCGAAUACAUCUGGCUCGAGGUUCUCAAAAAGUCCUCGACUAUCCAAAACGCUCUAUACCCCAAGGUACCAGCCACCAACGCCGGCCUCACCGCCGCCCGUGAGUUCGUCCGCUCUACACAAUCCAACAUCACCUCCGCCGAGGGCCAGGCUGUAAAACGUCUCGCAAAGGGCAAAGCUGCGCUGUUCGAUCCCAAGAAAGAUAAAAAGAUUACGAUUUUCUCGGCGAAGAGUUGGCCCGAGUGGCAGAAGAAGUACAUCGACCUCCUCCGCAAUGAGUAUCCCAACAUCGAUAUCAAGACGUUGUCGAAGAGUGUGGACAAGGCCGAGAGCAAGAAGGCAAUGCCCUUCAUUAAUGGGCUCAAGCGGAGACUUGACAACGGUGAGCCCGUGGACGAGGUGUUGAACCGCCAACUUCCAUUCGACGAACUCGUCACCCUGCGCGCUAUGGUUUCGGGUCUCAAACAGACGGUGCAGAAGUGCGUUGCUGUCGAGAUCAUUGCUGUCGAGGAGGGCGGCAAAACGGGUGUCGUCAUCAACGAGAAUGGCAGCCAGGGUGAGACGAAGGGGGAUCUGGCGCCGCAAGCAGGGUCUGCCGAGCCUGGAUCACCGAGCUUUGCGUUCGAGAACGUCGAGAACCUGUCUGUAAGGUAG